CUUUUUUCCGCUCCGCGCUGCCCCACCAAUCAGCGUCACUCGAAAGAAAUGCGCCCAUUCAGGGCGGUCACUCCGUGCUAGCCUCAGGCAGUCCCGCCCACAAUAAGAAAGAAAGCGAUCAUUUCUGCCCCUCCCUCAUCGUCGCGAUUGUCCUGCCUUUCACCCGUCAAUUCGAGUCUGCGCAGAAACUUGGUGCUUAUUUGCGCCUGAUUCCUUUGCCUGCGCCGGCAUACUGCACCGCCCUGAUUUGACAGCUCUCGCACGCGACAAUCUUUCGCUGUCAAACUUUUUGAUACCCGCCUCUGCUACUUGAUCGUGGUUCUUCGAGACCCAACGCCGCCACCAUGUCUGACAAGCUCACCCGUAUUGCUAUCGUCAACAGUGACAAGGUUCGUCCUCAACUACCCCGCUAACCUGCAUUUCUCGCGCGUCGAAUGCCUCGUUCAUAGCCGGCUUACCUGGAAUUUCCUCGAUAUACAGUGCAAACCGAAGAAAUGUCGUCAAGAGUGCAAGAAGUCUUGCCCCGUGGUCCGCACGGGUAAGCUUUGCAUUGAAGUCACCUCCGACUCGAAGAUCGCCUUCAUCUCCGAGAGCCUUUGCAUCGGUUGUGGUAUCUGCCCCAAGAAGUGUCCUUUCGGUGCUAUCAAUAUUAUCAACUUGCCCACCAACCUGGAGAGCCAGGUCACCCACCGUUACUCCGCCAACAGCUUCAAGCUUCACCGUCUGCCUAUGCCUCGCCCCGGUCAGGUCCUCGGUCUCGUCGGAACAAACGGUAUCGGCAAGAGUACCGCGUUGAAGAUUCUGAGUGGCAAGCUGAAGCCUAACUUGGGCCGCUACGACAACCCCCCUGACUGGGAGGAGAUCCUGAAGUACUUCCGUGGUUCCGAGCUGCAAAACUACUUCACGAAGGUUUUGGAGGACAACCUCAAGGCUGUCGUCAAGCCUCAGUAUGUCGAUCAGAUUCCCCGCGCCGUCAAGGGUCCCGUCCAGGGCGUGAAGGAUCUCAUCAAGGCUCGUGACCAGCUGAACAACAUGAAGGAGAUCAUGGAUGUGCUUGAGCUGAACCAGGUUGCGGACCGCGACAUUGGUCACCUGUCUGGUGGUGAGCUGCAGCGUUUCGCCAUCGGUCUCGUCUGUGUCCAGAAGGCCGAUGUAUACAUGUUUGACGAGCCCUCCUCUUAUCUCGAUGUGAAGCAGCGUCUGGCCGCUGCCCGCACUAUUCGUGGCCUUCUCCGUCCCGAUGACUACGUCAUUGUUGUCGAGCACGAUCUUUCGGUUCUUGAUUAUCUUUCCGAUUUCAUUUGCGUUCUCUACGGUCGCCCUGCUGUCUAUGGUGUUGUUACUCUGCCUUCUUCCGUUCGUGAGGGUAUCAACAUCUUCCUUGAUGGUAACAUCCCCACUGAGAACCUACGUUUCCGUGAGGAGUCCUUGACUUUCCGCCUGGCUGAGGCUGGCGACGACUUCAUUGCGGACAAGGCCCACGCAUACGGUUAUCCUGCCAUGGAGAAGACUCUUGGCAAUUUCCACCUCAAGAUCGAUGCUGGUCAGUUCACCGACUCCGAGAUCAUCGUGAUGAUGGGUGAAAACGGAACCGGAAAGACCACCUUCUGUAAGAUGCUGGCUGGUGCCGAGAAGCCCGACGGCAACCGCUCUGUUCCCAAGAUGAACAUCAGCAUGAAGCCCCAGAAGAUCACUCCCAAGUUCCAGGGUACCGUCCGCCAGCUCUUCUUUAAGCGUAUCAAGGCUGCCUUCCUUUCCCCGCAAUUCCAGACCGAUGUCUACAAGCCGCUCAAGAUCGACGACUUCAUUGACCAGGAGGUUCAGAACCUGUCUGGUGGUGAGUUGCAGCGUGUUGCCAUCGUUCUUGCCCUUGGUAUCCCCGCCGAUAUCUACUUGAUUGACGAGCCCAGUGCCUACCUGGACUCCGAACAGCGUAUCGUCGCUGCCCGUGUUAUCAAGCGUUUCAUUAUGCACACUAAGAAGACUGCCUUCAUCGUCGAGCACGAUUUCAUCAUGGCCACCUACCUGGCUGACCGCGUUAUCGUCUUCGACGGACAGCCUUCCGUCGACGCUCACGCCAAUACUCCCGAGUCUCUGGUUACCGGUUGCAACAAGUUCCUGAAGAACCUGGAUGUCACUUUCCGUCGUGACCCCAACAGUUACCGCCCUCGCAUCAACAAGUACAACAGUCAGAUGGAUCAGGAGCAGAAGUUGGCCGGCAACUUCUACUUCCUUGAGGAAGAGAACUGAAAAGGGCAUUCCUCACAAGCACCAACACCGCCGUCGCAAUCAUGGUGGCCGCGAUUCUGAGCAGCGGCGCAAAUGGCGACGCGGCAAUGGCAGAGUCAGUUGGCGAAUGGCGUUUCCCGGUCUUUGCCGGGCCUUAGCGGUUCAGGGUAGAGAGCUCCGUCGCUCCGUCAGGGUUUCUCCUGGGAAAGACGAGGACUUUCUGGAUGAUGGCGAAGAAGAUGACGAUGGAUGAUGGAUGAUCGGGUGUGAACGAGAACAUCAGUUAGGAGACAAUGGCAUGCUCCGUGAGUCUUUUUCUCACUGUACUUCUCCGCAUCCCGAGACCAUCAAUCAUCUCAGAUCGUCCGUCAUAAUAUCGCUGCCCUCACCCUCGUGGUUCUGGGAUUUCGUUCGCACGUCCGAAAUUUCUAGCGCUUAGACCGGAACACCUGCCAUCUGAACUCACCCAACACUUUUUUUCUUUACGAUAACAUGGUCGGGGGAUUUUUUGAUUGCUAUAGUUGUUUCACCGGAGUUAAUUCUUUUGUAUUCUGGGCUGAGGGUUCGGUUACCAAAAAGCUUUCUAUGACUUGACGAUUGAUAGAGGUGGAUAUCUUUCAGGGUGUGGCUGAAGGCCAAGGGAGAUGGGCAAAUGGUCAUAUGUUGAACAGCUGGGUUUUCAUGCAUCUGGACGAUCCAUCAUGUCCACGGGUUCAGGCCUGCUAGUUUUGCACCUUCAAUUCUUUCAAAUAAUUGCAAUUCCAAAUCCAUGUAGGCUAUGUAACUCCAGGUCUAUCUGUGCUCAGUGGCUUGAAGAAGGUCAGCACUUGGUAAAACUAUUUUGCUCCCAAAAUGUCAUGGAAUUUCCGGGAAUU